AAAAUAAUUAGUACUAUUAAGUCAAAAAUAAAUAAGGAGCCCGACGUUUUCUUCCCCCACAUUCACCACUGCUAAACCCUCGCAAAACCCUCAUUUCCUCUUGCAGCUUCACAUAUUAUUGCAAAAUCAAUUGCUCUUUGUUCCCUCCCUCUUGCCGUUUAUGCACACCUUUGUUUAUCAGUAGAUGCAGAUUUAUGCAUAUGAAUAGGGGGCGUUAUAGAUAUUCGUCAUCGCCAUUAAGCAGAGCUUGAAAUGAAAGCAGUAAGGUCGCUGAGACGAUUAAGCCCAAUCGCCGCUGCUCUAUCUCCCAACACACAAAAACCAUUCAAAGAUUCCGCCUUUCUUGGCCGUCUCUACUCUGCGCAGCCGCAGCACGAUGACCUUUCGCCGCCGAACCCCGAGGAAUUAUCCGCCCAAGAUGCCGUGUUCGAUAGUUCUCAUUUUGAUGAUAUAAAUCUCAAUCCCAGUGGCGGGGGUAGUGCCCGUAGCAGUAAUCAGGUGUCAACGUGGGACGAGAAGUACAGGGACAGGGUAAAAAGCCAAGUAUUUGGGGAGAGUGUUUCACAUUUGAGAAUCUUGCAAAGAGAAGAGGAGAAGAAAAGGAAGGCUGGGAGACUAGCCAAUGAGCUGCUUGAGGCGGCGUUGGAUGAAGGGGAGAGCGAGGAUGAUGAAGUGAGAGAGGUGACGGAGGAGGAGCAGAAAUCUUUAGCUGUGGGUAUCAUUGGAGCUCCAAAUGCUGGAAAGUCCGCUCUCACUAAUUACAUGGUGGGAACUAAAGUUUCAGCCGUUUCACGGAAGGUACAUACCACCACUCACGAAGUUUUGGGAGUCUUGACAAAAGGAGAUACGCAAAUUUGUUUCUUUGAUACACCAGGACUUAUGUUAAAGAAGAGCGGAUUUCCUUACAAUGAUAUCAAAGCUCGUAAUGAAAGUGCCUGGGGCUCAGUUAGUUUAUACAAUGUCCUGAUAGUUGUUUUUGAUGUUCACAGACAUAUUACCAGACCUGAUUCACGAGUGGUGAGGUUGAUUGAAAGAAUGGGUUCGAUUAGUAUCCCAAAUCAGAAGCGCGUAUUAUGUAUGAACAAGGUUGACUUGGUUGAAAAGAAGAAAGAUUUGCUAAAGGUUGUAGAGGAAUUCAGUGACCUAUCAGGAUAUGAAAGGCAUUUCAUGACAUCAGGAGUGAAGGGUGCUGGGGUGAAAGAUCUUACAAAGUACUUAAUGGAGCAGGCAGUACAAAGACCAUGGGAUGAAGAUCCAUUUGCCAUGAGUGAAGAAUUAAUGAAGAACAUAUCACUGGAAAUCGUGAGAGAGAGAUUGUUAGAUCAUGUGCAUCAGGAAGUCCCAUAUGGCAUUGAACAUCGGUUGGUGAGCUGGAAGGAGUUAAGAGAUGGUUCUGUCCGAAUCGAGCAACAUUUCAUCACUCCCAAGAUCAGCCAACGCAAGAUUUUGGUUGGGAAGAAGGGCUCGAAAAUAGGGAGAAUAGGCAUGGAAGCUAACGAAGAGCUCCGAGCCAUAUUCAAGAGGAACGUCCAUCUCAUCCUCAUGGUUAGAGUUAAAUGAGCGCAGCAGAUGGGAUUGAUUUUGACAAUAAUGUAGGAAGCUUGCUAGGGCAUGAAAUGUCCUUUGGAAAAAGGAAGAAGGGUUCCCAUAUAUGCAUCAUCUUGAUCCCUCAAUUUAAUUAUUUGUUUUUAUUUUUACUUUUGUUGUUUAAGAAUGGAUGUAUGCGAGAAAAACAUGUAAAGUUGGUCAUUUGUUUUCGUUUUGUCCAAUCCUAAACUCUUAAUAUCGACACAUGUUAAUCAUCCACGAAUGUAAUUGUUGAUGUCACGUAAAUUGGCAAAAGAAGAUUUGAGUUGCUCAA